AUGGAAGGUGAUGUAGAGGCUAGUUGUAAGAAGACUCUGGAGCUCCAAAACAUCUUGUCCCAGUGUGUUUGGAUUAAGGAAAUUUCACAAAAGAAGGUUGAAUCAAAGGAAGUGAAGGGAAAAUGGAGAAGAAUACUUCGCAAAAUUGGGGAGAACCAACUAGGGUUUUUUGGAAAUAAGAAGCUUUCAGCGCCUAUAAAAGGGGACAUCUCUUACCCAGCAGGACAACACAUCCUGAAAAAGCAAGCAUCCCCACGCACUGCUGGAACCUUCAAUUUCAAGCCUUGUUCUCCCAUCUUCUUCUUUUCUCUUCUGACAAACCAUCCAGAGCACGAUCAAGCAAUCGUCGAGCUGCAGGAAAAUCUACUCAAGCCACCCAUCCUUUUAUCCCCAUCUCUCCCUCUCAUCCUUCAUCAAAUCUUCCCAAAUUUCCCUCUCCUUUUGCUCUGA